UACCGUUUGCCUGACUGGCCCGGCUCACCAAUCCCAGACACUGCUGUAGCUUCGCCCGCGCCCGCACAUCGUGUAGGUAAGUUGCGCGUCGUCAGUCUGGACUCGCUUGCUCAUCUCGUCCUAGAUACACGGGGUGUCCUGAAGGAGGUAUUUCGUGGUAUGUGAUGAAGCGCACCCUCGCACUCGGCGCGCUGACACGAACGGACAGUGUAGCCUUGGCUACGGAAGCAUGCACCGGACCCCCACACCGCCUUCCCCCAUCAUUGCUACAUGAGCACUAUCUACAGAACCCCUUCCCCUUCCAAAUUACACUGCCAUACUCACCACUUCCGGCCGUCUUUAGGAUGAUCAUGUACACCACGACUGAUUUUAGCAUAAUAUAACGUAGUACGAUGUAGCGUAGUGGAUAGUACCAAUAUACAAUGUUUUUGCUCCCUC